UGUGUCAAGUUCCAGAGAAGAGUUUCUUCUCUUCCAAGUUACUAAUCAGGCUAAAACACAUCCAGUAGGGGAAAGGGCUUGGAGGAAAGAAGUCCCCUGCUGCUGCUGGACUAAGAGGAACCAGCACCAAGAAGUCGACCGGAGGGAGCCUCGCCAUGCUCACAGCUGCUCCUCUACCUGUCAGGAGGAAAAGUACUGAGUGAAGGGCAGAAAACAAAACAGAAAUGCUCUGCCCUUGCAGAACUCAUGACCUAGGGCUACUCUUGAUGUUGACCUCCUUCUUCGUGUCGGAUUCAAGUAGUUCAUGCGUGGAUGGAAAUCGGACAUUAUCUCCUACAGAAGAUAACACUUGGCUGGCUGUGCAGAUGGGUACAAAGGCUGUGCUCUGUUGCCCUCAUAUUCCACCAACAUCAGUGUUGAUACUAACAUCAUGGAAAAUACACCUCAGAGACAAGCCUUCGUGCACCAUUUCCCUCAACAGAGAAACAAAUGAGACCGGGAAAAACAACUGUACUGAUGGGAGAAUCUCCUGGGCCUCCAGACCUGACCAGAAUCCUGAACUUCAGAUCCAUCCAGUGUCCAUCUCACAUGAAGGGGAUUACACAUGUCAGAUGGGAACAACUGAUGGAAAUUUUGAACUUACAUAUCACCUCCAAGUGUUAGUGCCCCCUGAAGUGACCCUGUCUCCGGGGAAGAAUAGAACUGUGGAGUGCAAAGCAAUUGCAGGAAGGCCAGCUGCACAGAUUUUUUGGGCCCCAGAGGGGGAUUGUGUCACUGGGAAAGAAUACCAGGACAAUGGCACAGUGACGACCAGGAGUAGGUGCCAUUAUCCAGAUGGCAAUGUGUCCACCGUGACCUGCUUGGUCUCCCACCUGACUGGCAACAGGAAUCAAUCCAUAGAUCUGCUUCCUGGUGCCAAAGGAACAGAAAAACUGUAUUAUCUAUACAUCUUCAUCCCUGUUAUUUUGGUCAUUGGGGGAUUCAUUUGUUGUUUGAAAAUCAGCGGUUACAGCUUAUUUCAUCUUUAUAGAAAAUGUAAAUUGAAAAAACCAGAAGCUACUACAGUUGUUGAGGAGGAUGAAAUGCAGCCCUAUGCCAGCUACACAGAGAAGAAUAAUCCACUUUAUGAUACUAUAAACAAGGUGGAGAUACCUCAGGUGUCACAAAGUGAAGUUGAUGGCACGGGCCUCCAUACUUUAUAAAUUAUUGGACUCUAACACCAGGAAAAACAAAUCAAGAUACAGUCCAACUACUGUUUGGCUUUUCUUACAGUUCUUGAAUAGAAGACCUAUUUUAAAAUUAGUCUUUCUAAGGUUCUUGGAGGACAGAGGUUUUCUAAUGAAUUUGCUUGUCUAUCUUUCUGCAAUUGGAAUUUUAGACUCAGCUGCUAUUUUUUGAAGAACUGACAUUAUUAUCACAAAGAAAGUGCAUGCUCAUGAUAACAUUUGAAUGGUGCAAUACAAUGAAUAGUGAAAUGUUUCCUCAAGAAAUAAUUUUCCAGAAGGAAGAAUCAUCAAUAGUUUUUUAUGUAUUCUUCUAGAAAUUUCUAUGUACAUAUGACAUGUGUAUAUGCCUGUGGUGGUUGUAUGCAUUUAUAUGCCAUUUUACAUAUGUUUUUGUACUAUAUGUAUAUACAUAUAUAUAUAUAUAU